AUCAUACGGACGGCCGACGGAGAAAGUAUUGGACAACUUGUAAAAUGAAGUUUAUAAAAACUUUAACAUUUCUUCUUCUUUUGUUUAUCGUGUCUGCAUUCUUAGUGUUUGCAGARGAAGAAACGGACAAAGAUGAGAAGUUAGAGCCGGUCGAGACGACAGCAUCCGAAUCAGAAGGAGCCGAAUUAGAAAGUUCUGAAUCGAAGUUAGCUAGCGAGGAUGAAAUCAAGGAAGAGGAUGAUGUUAUGGUUUUGAAUUCUAAAAACUUUGAUAGAACAAUUGAAAACCAUGAUGUUAUUCUUGUAGAGUUCUAUGCCCCUUGGUGUGGGCAUUGUAAAUCACUUGCUCCAGAAUAUGCAAAAGCAGCSAAGAAAAUGAAAACCAGUGAGCAACCAGUUGCUUUUGCUAAAGURGAUGCCACAGUAGAAUCAGAUCUUGCUCAAAGAUUYGAUGUCAGUGGAUACCCUACUCUAAAGUUUUUUAAGAAAGGAAGGGCUCAUGACUAUGAUGGACCACGCAACGAAGCAGGUAUUGUUGAAUACAUGAAAGUGCGUGCUGAUCCCAACUGGAAGCCACCUCCACCUGCGGUCUUGACUUUAACAAAAGAAAACUUCUAUGAAACCAUCAACAAGGAAAGUCUGAUGUUGGUAGAAUUUUAUGCACCAUGGUGUGGACACUGUAAAUCUCUUGCACCAGAGUAUGAGAAAGCAGCACAAGAAUUAAAGAAAAAUGACCCACCAAUUGCUCUUGCAAAAGUGGAUGCUACAAUAGAGACGGACCUGGCUAAGAAAUAUGGUGUACAAGGAUAUCCAACUUUGAAAGUUUUUAGAAAUGGAAAACCAUCAGAGUACAAAGGAGAAAGGAAUCAGUGGGCCAUUAGUGAGUACAUGAGAAAGCAAGUUGGUCCAAGUUCCCGACUUCUGUCAUCACUAAGAGCUGUACAAGAUCUUAUGAAAGACAAAGAUGAUGUUACUAUCAUUGGAUUCUUUGAAAAUGAAAAGGACAAACUCCUUGAAAAAUACCUUGAAGCCAAUAAUGACAUUCGAGAUGACUACACUUUUGGACAUACAUUUGAUAAUGCGGCAAAGAAACAUUUUGGUAUCAAGAGUAGCUCCAUUGUUUUAUUUCAGCCUGUGCAGUUUCAAUCUAAAUAUGAACCAAAGCAUUUUCUUUUUGAGGGUAAGGAACCGACUACWGCAAGCCUUCAAGCAUUUUACAAGGAGAAAAUGGUUCCACUUGUUGGACAGAUCCUUCCUUAUAACCAAGACAAGAAAUACUCUUUAAGACCUCUCUGUGUUGYCUAUUAUGGAGUGGACUUUGGGUUUGAAUAUAGAGUUGCAACCCAGAUUUGGCGUAAAAAAGUACUGGAGGUAGCCAAAGAUCACCGUGACAUCACUUUCGCWAUUGCCAACGAAGGUGACUUUGAGGAUAAGCUAAAAGAUUUUGGUCUUGAUGACACUGGCGAAGAAAUCAGCGUUGGAUGCUUUGAUAAUAAGGGAAUGAGAUACCGCAUGGAUCCAGAUGAAGAGUUUUCGGAAGAUACUCUUAGAGAAUUUAUUGAAGAAUUCAAAGGAGGCAAUCUAAAACCAGUCAUCAAAUCCCAACCYAUACCAAAGAGGAAUGAUGGCCCUGUGAAAAUCGUUGUGGGCAAGAAUUUCGAUGAAAUCGUCCGCGACGCGUCUAAAGAUGUCAUGAUCGAAAUGUAUGCUCCAUGGUGYGGACAUUGCAAGGCAUUAGAACCUGUGUACAAAAAGUUAGGCAAGCAUUUCAAAGACAAUAAGAAUGUGGUUAUUGCAAAGAUGGAUGCUACAGCCAAUGAUUUGCCACAAGACUACCCUGCAGAAGGUUUUCCUACCAUUUACUUUUCAUCGGCCAAAGACAAAAAGAACCCAGUCAAGUACGAAGGAGAGAGAAAGCUAGAGGACUUUAUCAAAUUUUUGAACGAAAAAGGAACAGUAAUUUCAGCUAAAGAUGAGUUAUAAGUAUUUUGGAAUUUAGUCAAUUAACGUGUAUAAUCUUUUAGAGUCGGCUUCUAAAUAUAUUGGUCCGGUCCUUCUUGCCACUUUUCGACAAGUGAAUCUCAGAAUCUGCCUUCAGAGGUGUAUAGGCGAAUAGAAAGAAGUAAAGAAUAGCAUGCUUGGACGAGA